AUGUUUCUUGUAUUAAUAUAUAAGAAAAAGAAUUUUUUUUAGAUCUAAUUGCAAGAUAUAGAAUUGCAAUAUACUGUUUUUAAAUAUGUUUUAAUGUUAUUAGCAUGAAAUAGGCAUGUAUACAAUAAAUGUUUAAAUUGGUGGACAUGUGUGGACCAUAUCGCAAAUAUACAAUGUAUUUUCUAUUGUAUUUAUACAACAAGGAUUACUUGAAUACAAUGCAAUUACAACGAUGACAAUUACAAUGAAAAUUGCAUUUACAGCAUGAAGAGAACAUAUUUCUUAAUAACAAUUCACAGUUUUACAUUACGUCUGUGCCACGUGACCCCCUUGAUCAAAAUUUCCUUGUGAUUGAGAACAACGGUCAAUUUUACCUUGUGCCGAUGCAAGGUCCAUAUGAACUUAGCAAAGUCGCAGAUAAAACUAAAUUUAUAAAAUCGCGUUUUUCACUGAAAACAAAAGCAGUAAUCGAAACUAAAGAAGUUGCUGACAAAUCUGUGGAGAAGAUACCUGAAGAAAUGAAUAAGGAUAGAAAAGAAUUGAAUUUACAAACGCGUAAUAAGAAAUUUAUGUGUGUUCAUUGCCAGAAAAAAUUUCGUAGAAAUUAUCAUCUUAAGAGGCAUAUCAAAACAGUUCACAAGGAUAUUUAUCCAUACGAAUGCACAGUUUGUGGAGAACUCCUGAAAACAAUAAUAUCAUUUGAAUCUCAUGUUACAUUACAUCAAAUUGACAGCAGUUUGUUUUGUUGUGCAGACUGUGAUUUUAAGUCGGUAGAUGCUUCGAAUUUUAGGCGUCAUCAGAGAGAACAACAUGCUGACAUUUAUAUAUUUCGAUGUCAGUUCUGCACUGAAUUGUUCAAAAAUAAGACAAUAUUCUUAAAACAUAUGAAACAUCAUAAUACUGCUGCAACUUCCAAUGUAUGUGGUCAGGAGUGUAAGGAUGAUAGUCAUCUCCCACAAUCUAAACUUAAACUUCAGGAUAAUAAAAAAUAUAUUCACGAGCAGUCGCAACAAGAACAAUGUCAAGGAGAUGAAAAGUAUACAAUGGAGAUUAACAAAUCUGAAAAUCUUGACUUACAGGAAUAUAGUAAUGAAAGAUCUGAUCAGCUGGAUAACAAUUUAAAUUUAUUAAAAGAUAAAAGAGUUUUUAAGUGUCCUAAAUGUAGAUGGCGUUUUAAAACAACGAAAUUACUCAAAAAACAUAUGAAACGACAUUUGAUUUUUACGUGCGACAAAUGUGAUGCAGUGUUCAAAUAUAAAGCUUCUUUUCUCAAUCAUAAACAUAAGCAUAAGAAUGAGUCUAGUCAUUUUGAGCUGGAAUCUGCCAUAUUAUUAUAAAGCUUUGAAAAAUAAUAUUUUUGGUCAUUUUUUUUCCAAAUCUUAACUAAAUACAAACAUAAAAUUGAAUGUUAGUUAUUUCUUGAAAGUUAAAGUCUGUCAAUUUAUUACUUUAGAUUUCAUAAAUUAUGUUUAAUAUUU